CCCGUGUCCUGCAGGUCUGCGUUUGGCCGCAAAGCCGCCCUCUCCACGCUCUCCAUCCUGGUGGCCCUGCUGAUCGUCGGCCAGGCUGUCACCAUCUACUUCGUCUACCAGCAGAGCGGGCAGAUCAACAAGCUGGCCAAGACCUCCCAGACCCUGCAGCUGGAGGCCCUGCAGAGAAAGCGUCUGGCCAUGAAGGUCCUGCCUCUCGCCUCCUCUGCAGACCUCAUGGACAUGGCCCCCCCCAGCAACAAAACAGAGGACCAAGUGAAGCACCUCCUGCUGCAAUCAGACCCCGGUAAGAUGUUCCCCGAGCUGAAGGGCAAUCUGAUGGACAACAUGAAGAGACUGAAGAACACCAUGACUGAUGCAGACUGGAAGUCCUUUGAAUCCUGGAUGCACAAGUGGCUGCUGUUUGAGUCAGCCAAGAACCUGGAGCAGGAGGCACCAAAGGUGAUCCCAGCGGCAAAAGUGCAAACUAAGUGCCAGGCAGAGGCCAAUGCUGAGGGUGUCCGGCCGGGUCGCUUCCGCCCGCAGUGUGACGAGAACGGCGACUACUCACCCAAGCAGUGCAAUGCCUCCACGGGCUACUGCUGGUGCUCCUACAAAAAUGGCACCAGGAUUGAGGGCACGGCCACGCGGGAAAAGCUGGACUGCCCUGCCACGUCCUGCCCUUCCUCUGCAGAUCCUGCCGUGGAGCUGGAGGAGAUGAGCUUCUCUGGGGUGGACAUGCCCAAGCUGAGUGCAGUGAAAGCCAAGUAG